AUGGACGUUCCAGCAUUUUAUAAAGAAUCCAUUGUACGUCUAGUAAUGAAUGGUCAAGCCAUCAACUGGACGUAUUUAACGCUGACCGACCUGUACACUCGAUCACUCCGUCCGCCAUUCCGGCCAGACAAGAAGCUGACCACGAUGGUCAAUACAUAUAUCUACCUACUUUUUGCGGCAUUGCAUGUCGUAAUCGUACUUGCCGUGGACAUCGACGAGUUGGCCAAGAACUUAGCCAUCACUUAUGACGUAGACCGCCACAACCCUCCAAGUCCUGUGUACGGAAACUCCUUCCUGGCAAACAUUUCUCUGGCUAACGUCGGCAACAGUUCGAUCCCUGCAUCUGGAUGGAGUAUAUACUUCUGUCACAACCCAUUAAUCCAGCCUCUGUAUUACAACACGUCCGCGGCGCAGUAUUUUGGAGGUGGGCUUAUUUUGUCAGGGAAUAUUACCCUUACACACGUAAAAGGGUGCAUGUUUAAAUUUCAGCCGUACGUCGGUAAAAACCCAGCCUAUCAAUCUCAACCCCUUAAUCCAGGAGAAACCCGCAAUGUGUCUUUCCUCUCGUCUAACACCGCCGUCAGCAGGUUUGACGUCUAUCCUAACUGGUAUCUCUCAAAUGAAACGCAUACCGCCAGCAUACAAAAUACCAAGAAUGACGUCCCGCUUUUCGUCACACCACACAAUACGUUCCUGAAGUGGAUGAGAAGCGUCCCUACCGAUUUGUACGGGACUCCACUUGGUCUGUGGAACAGAUAUACCGGGUACAACUUUACAGCUGUUAAUGCCACAAAGUACUCAGUUAUCCCAACCCCUCUGGAACAGAAACUCAAACCAGGCAAAGUUAUGGUCAACAACAAGUGGUCAAUCGACCGAGAUCGGGAUGGCCGUCUGACUGGAGUGGCAACUUAUCUCAAAAAAUCCAUCAGUGGAAUCCGCAUCAAGAACAAGAAGCGAGGCAGUAAGGAUGUUAUACAACUAUACAUCCGAAGAAACCGGCCUGCCACAGAGAGCCCUGAGCGGUAUCUUAUACGAGUGAAGAGUACGCCCCCCAGGAUAGAGGUAGGAGGAAACACCGUCCAUGGCGUAUUCAACGGCAUCCAAACGCUUUUCAGUCUUCUCGCAUUCGAUGGUACCGUUCAAGAGAUGGAAAUCACAGACGAACCACGAUUUCCGUACAGAGGAGUUAUGCUUGACGUUGCAAGUAACUUUUACCCCAAGACCACGAUAAUCAAACUCUUGAAUGUGAUGGCGUUAUACAAGCUAAACAAACUCCAGCUCAAGCUUGCUAACAACGAAGGAUGGCGAAUUGAAAUACCAGACAUUCCCGAGCUUUCACAGAUCGGAGGACGGCGCUGUCACGAUUUGAAUGAGACAACAUGUCUCUUUAGUCAGUUUGGCUCUGGACCUGAUAAUACAACUUCCGGUUCCGGAUUUUACUCGGGAAAAGAUUAUAUGGACAUACUAAAAGCCGCUAAAAGACGACAUAUAGAAAUCAUUCCAUGGAUAAAUUUUGGCGGUAAAGCUCGUGCUGCAAUCGUUUCUAUGAAAUCUUACGAAAACAGAACAGGUGACAAAAGCAUGAGAAUCUUUGACCCUGCGGACACUGUAAAUUACAUGACCGAAGACCUGUACAGUGAUGCCGUUAUUAACCCAUGUAUACAAACUGUGGACGCAUUCUAUACCAAAAUCCUGAAGACCAUGAUCGGGUAUCAUGCCAGGGCAAAAUCUCCACUUACAUUAAUUAAUGUAGGAGGCCAUGAUGUCCCAGCCGCUACCCGGAUAAACUCCACCUACUGCAAUGCUCUGAAUCUGACAGGGCCGGACCCAUUCAUGCUGAUGAAGGUUAACUACACUACGCGACUGGCCAACAUAUCGUCCUCCUUGGGAGUAAACUUGGCUGGAGUCGAAGAUUUCUUCAGUGCCUGGCCAACCAACGACGAGAGAGGGGGGAUCCUCGUGCCCUUUAGUCGUUCACGUUUCCCUGGUAACAUCGACCUGUACCCUGUUUUGACCAACUCUUUUGACCCAAUGACGUUCCAAAGAGCCCAGGUGAUGGCAAAUGUCGGUUACAAGGUGAUUCUAUCUCCCGCUGAUUAUGUGAGUUUAGAUCACGCCCCGGAACCCGACCCGCAUAUUCCCGGGGCCUACUGGGCGAUACGACAUAUCCAAGCCACCAGAGUGUUCAACUACCUGCCUGACAACCGCUGUUGUAAUCUUAAUCCGGACGAGUUCAGGUAUGGAAAGUUUACACCUAACGGGUGUAUUGACACUGACGACUGUGUACCACUGGAUUAUCCUGGAAAUAUCACAGGUAUGCAAGCACAUAUUCUGACCCCAAAGAUCCGUAACGAAGACCACUUGUUUGGACUGAUGUUCCCACGUUUGUUGGCCUUCGCCGAGCGCGCGUGGCACAAGGCAGAUUGGGAGUCUUCCUAUGUGGGACGUUUUAAUAGAUCCAUGCCAUUUGUCCCUCCAAACCUAAAGGCUCAGAACGAGGACUGGGUUAGGUUCGCCAGCAUUGUCGGUCAUAAAGAGCUGAGGAGACUCGAAGCAUACACCAUUCCACACCGUAUACCGCCACCAGGUGUUCACGUUGAUCCCCAGUUCUACGAUCCUUUUGACGGAAAGAAUAAAAGUGUAAUAUUGACGGAUACCCAGUACCCUGGCCUGGUGCCUCAGGUGUAUGGAGCCAACGGUCAAUGGGCUGACCUUGGCCCCGUCACCGAUAUUACGAACCUCACAAUUUCAACAUUGACCUUCAGGACAAGAAAUGCCGCCGGUAACAGAUUCAGUGAAAUGGAAGGGCUAGACCUCAAGGUUCCGAACGCAUACAUAGCACAGCUGAUUGCUAACGGUAUAAUGUACAAUCCGAGCCUCGUUUCCGGUAUGAGACGCACUGGACCAACCUCUGCAUCCUCCUCCUCCAAACCAACCACUCCUGGUGUUACUCUAUCUACACCUUCACGGAAAUCCUCGACACAAUCUAAAGUCAAAGUGACGGGCUGA